UUGUAUGACACCUUGGGUGCUGAAGCUUGUACACACAUUAUCAACCAAGCUGAGAUAAGUUUGGUGAUCUGUGAUAAGAUCGUGAAGGUGAAGGCCUUGCUGGACAGGAUCAAGGAGACACCCAAUCUGAGGAAGGUGGUGCUGGUGGAGGAACCGUCUGCGGAAAUCAGAGAGAGCGCCGCCAGUCACAAGAUAGACCUCAUCUCCUUCUCUGAGCUAGAGGCUCUAGGUGAACAGAAACCCCAGGAGCCAAAGCCAUGUAAGCCUGAUGAUUUGUGUGUUUUAUGCUACACCAGUGGUACAACAGGUUUACCUAAAGGUGCCAUGCUUACACACAAAGGAACUAUGGCAACAGUGGUGGCUGCAGCAGCAAUAUUGAAACCUGGUGGAAUAGACAUUUCUCCUGAAGAUACUCUCAUCUCUUAUCUCCCCUUAGCUCAUUCAUAUGAAAGGUUAUUAGAGUGUUACUGUGUAUUAAAUGGAGCCAGGAUAGGGUUCUUCCAAGGUGAUGUCAAGCUAUUGAUGGAUGACAUUAAAGAGCUACAGCCCACGCUAUUCCCAUCUGUACCAAGGCUACUCAAUAGAGUCUAUGACAAAGUCAUGACCCAGUUAAAUGAGGGCUCGUCUAUAAAAAGAAAGUUGUUUAACAUGGCCAUUGCCAGCAAGGAAAAUGAACUCAAAAAGAGUAUAAUUAGGAAUGAUAGUUUAUGGGACAAAGUGGUAUUUAAGAAGAUUCAGGCAGGUUUGGGAGGAAAGGUUAAGCUGAUAACAACAGGAUCUGCCCCCCUGUCCCCCAAAGUCCUUCACUUCUUGAGAUGUGUCGUGGGAUGUCCUGUUGUGGAGGGAUAUGGCCAGACAGAAUCCCAUGCUAUCUGUUCAGUAACACUGGUUGGAGAUCCCGACACAGGAAAUGUAGGUCCACCUCUUCCUUGCUGUCAGAUCAAGCUGGCUGAUGUUGAAGAAAUGAAUUAUUAUGCAAAAGAUGACAAAGGGGAGGUCUGCAUAAAAGGACCCAAUGUGUUCCUUGGUUACUACAGGGACCAAGCCAAAACUGACGAGGCUCUAGAUAAAGAUGGCUGGCUUCACACAGGGGAUAUUGGACAGUGGCUAGAAAAUGGAACCUUGAAAAUUAUUGAUAGGAAGAAGAACAUUUUCAAAUUAGCACAGGGUGAAUACAUUGCCCCAGAAAAGAUAGAAAAUGUCUAUGUAAGAAGCCAGCUGGUGGCUCAAGUCUUUGUUCACGGAGAGAGUUUAAAGUCGAGUUUAGUUGGUGUAGUUGUACCAGAUCCAGACGUGUUACCAAACUGGGCCAAAACCAAACUAAAUCUGACUCAGUCCAUGGAGGAGUUAUGUUCUAAUGCUGAUGUGAAGAAGGAGAUUUUGGCCGACAUGACCAAAUAUGGAAAAGCAGGAGGACUCCAUUCAUUUGAACAAGUCAAGGAUAUCUUCCUCUAUCCAGAAUUGUUUUCUGUGGAAAAUGGACUUCUGACACCAACAUUUAAGGCAAAAAGACAUGAACUGAAAGUUAUGUUUAAGCCACAAAUUGAUGAAAUGUACAAAAAUCUAGCGUAAAAUAUGUGUAUUUAGAAACUAGUUAUAAAUUCUAAAAAAUGAAGAUUUUGCUUUGAAUUAUGCAUAUUAUUUUUUGAUUGCAAAGCACCAGAAGCAAAUAGUAUAGGGUCAGAAUCUCUUAAAUUAAGCUAGUAAUAUUGAUUUUCUGUGAAAUAAAUGCAUGCAUUGUACCUAAUUCUGGUAAGAAAAAAUAUGAAACUUUUUUUCUUGAACAGAAAUUUGUUUUUUGGAAGGUAUUUUUUUCCUCCUGGAUGUAUAUUCUGAAAUAAAGAGGUAAACAAUGUAGUAACAUGCAGAUAAUGAGUUGAAAUAUUUUUUUUUUUUAAGUACAUGUAUGUGAUAAAGGUUGUGUAGAUUUCUGCUUUUAUCAUUUACAACUUACUGCUUUAAGAGAAUCUUGUAUCAUAAGAUAUACUAGUCUAGAAAUGAGAUUUUUGAAGAACUUGAACAGUUGAAAUGCUUUGGAUUCAAGUUUUAAAUAAUCAAGCAUGUAAGUGCUAAAAAUGAAAUUGCAAAACUCUCCACUUGUUUUUUUCUCAGAUUUAUAUUUGAUGCUAUUUUUUUUCUUUGUUAAAGUUUAAGAAGCUAGUCAAAAGUUUUACUGAGGUUAAGGGUGGGAAAGACAUGAAAUAUUGCCUGCGGAUGUUCUAUUAUUAUGCAGGCAUUUUGAAUAGAAAUUCAUUGUCGUUAAUUGUACUUCCAUUAUAGUUUACAUUAGGGGGACAUUU